AUGACACCGAACACGCAGCUCCCAACCGUACCGCCGACCAUGCGUGCCUGGGUACGCCGGCGGCGCGGCCCUGCUUGUAGCGCGCUUGAGCUAGCCACCGACUACCCAACGCCCGAGGUGCCCACUGGUUCGUCACCCGACGUCCUAAUCCGCGUUUCAAACGUGUCACUACAGUACAGCAGUGAGAUGAUGAUGAAGAUACUGCCUAAACUGCCUUUCACCAGCCCGUGGGUCCCGGAGAUUGAACUUUCCGGCGUGGUAGUAGCAGCUGGCGGGGGUGCACCGGCAGAAGUACGCGAUCCUAACUCACACGUCAUUGCCUUUCAGAACAUUCCUAGCGCCGUGGUUAUGGGCCACGGCGUGCUGGCAGAAUAUGUACGACUGCCUGGCUGCCAGGUCGCACGUAUCGAUGACGGUAUUGACAUGGCGUCGGCCUCGGGCAUUAUAGGGGCCGGUAGCACCGCGCUCAAGAUGAUUCGCACAGCAGGUGUGCGCGAAGGCCACACGGUGCUCGUGAAUGGGGCUAGCGGGUCGGUCGGUUCGGUACUCGUGCAAUUGUGCAAGCUGCGUGGUGCAAAGGUGGUCGGCGUUGCUAGUGGAGGCAACGAGGCCAUGGUUCGUGAGCUGGGUGUAGAUGAGUUCAUCGACUACCGCGAACAUGGACCGCUUCCAGCUUACCUAGCGCAUCAGUAUGGCGACAAGCCGUUUGACUUCGUGCUUGACUGCGUCGGUACGCAAGCACUUUUUGCCAACUCCCCAGCUUAUCUUAAGCCCGAGGGUGCCGUUGUAAAUAUCGGCAUGCUCGAGGGCAUAUAUGUGACGGCGUGCAACGUGCUGCUCAACAGCUGGCUGCCCAUAUGGCUGGGCGGCGUGCCGCGUCGCUAUAUAAUGUUCAGCACGCCCCCAUCGCGUGAUGACGCAGUCUAUCUAGCACGCUUGAUUGAAGAGGGCCGCCUGCGUAUCCCUGUCGAUUCUGUCUUCGGGAUGAAGGACGCUAUACGCGCCUACGAGCGCAUCGCCACAAAGCGUGCGCGUGGCAAGGUCGUGGUCAAGGUGCAUGAGGAUUAA